UUUAUUGUUGAAAAUCAAAGGUGAUACAACAUAGUUGAUGAAAGUGGUCAAAUGAACAACAAAUACGUCUGAUAGAAAAUUAGAAAAAAAUCAACAGGAAAGCGGGGAAAUGAAUCAGGAUUGCUAGUGAGACGCGGAUAUGAUGAGCUUCACCAUUACCUUGGCGCUACUUCUGGUGGCGGUUCUGAUCCUGGGCAUCCUCUUCGCCUGCCACUGUCUUGGUCCGAGGGCCGCCAACUGGAUGCGGAUGCGCUCCAGCAAGGAGGAGAAGAUCGGACUGUCCAACCACAAGCAGAAGCUCUUCCACGCCAACGGCUACAUGGCCAGUAUCCAAUCCGGUUCGGAGUUCCUGCUGAGCACAAGUGGCAGCUUCAAGCGCUUCGACACCAUCGACAAGGAGGACUUCAACCGCUCGCAGCAGACGCACCUGCUCCUGAUGAACGGAGGCGGAGGGGUGUCGAUAACAGGAUGCUCCGGCGUCCUGGAGGCCACCACACCCAUGUGGCACCUGCCCUCGUCGGAUAUUUACAUCCCGCCCAAGCCCACUCGACCCGCGCCCACUCCGAAUGGCAAAACGGUGACCUUCUCCUUCAGCCAGGUGAACGAGGUGACCCCCGCCGACCAGGAGCGUCGCUCCUGUCUGCGCCUGAAUGGUGGAUCUGUGGGUGGAACUGUGGGUGGAUCUGCGGUUGGUUCAGUGGGUGGUUCAGUGGGUGGUUCUGCGGGUGGAACUGCGGGUGGAAAUGUAGGUGGAAAUGUGGAUAGAUCUGUAGGUGGAAAUGUGGGUGGAACUGUGGGUGGACCUGUUGGUGGAUCUGUGGGUGGAUCUAUUCGUGAAUCUGUGAGUAAGUCUGCAGGUGGAGCUGUGGGCGGUGUCCUGCCCCAGCCACUGGAGGCACCUCCUCCGGCUCGGCUCUCCACUUCCGUAUCGGUGAAUUUGUCGGGCACCGCGAUACCCAGACCCGUUGCCAAGCGACAGGUGUCCUUGCAGCAGGGCAUCAAUCAGGAGAAGUCCCCGGUGACCCCGUCGCUGGAGAGUGAGAAGAAAACGCCGGCGUUGAAACGCAGAAACUCCAGCACUAAUCCCUUCCUGUGCGAGUCCACGGAGCAGGUGCACAUUUCGGAUCCCCUAGAAACCGCUGUUACUUCUCUGCAAAACACCACGAUCUCGGCCAGUCCAAAUACUGCGCCACCUCCUCCUCCUUCUUCUGCCAUUCCAAAGGGGACCCCCAAUCACAAUGGCAAUCCCUUCGUGGAAACCCAAAGCCUCUCCAGCAGACUCCUGAAGAUGCACAACACCACGAAUCCUUUUACUGGCCUCACUCAACGGGUGAAGGGACCGCACCUCCUGCAGAAGACCAUCUCCGAGGAUUAUCUGUUCCGGAAGCUGGGUGUCAAUGGUCACACUUCCAUGCCCAAUGGUCAUGUCAACGGGAAUGGCAAUGGCAAUGGCAAUGGCACCUGGUCCUUUGGACGCUCCUUGCUGCGACAGGAGUCCACUUUGAGUCUGGGCAUGGGCUUGGGCAGGCGGAACAGCUCGCAGGUUUCCCUGGACUCCGGUUCGGGAUCGGUGGCCGGUUCGUUGGAGGGCAUCAAUCUGGAGAGGGCCAUCUCCUGUGACUCGGUCACCUCGGACUCCACCUUGUUCCUGGAUCAACUGGAUCAGCCCUACACUCAGAUUACUGGCUACUUGUGCAUUGGCCUUAACUACGACAAAAACAGCAUUAGCAAUGAGGGCAUGGAGCUGACUGUCAGUGUCCUGGAGGCCAAAGGACUCCUGUGUCCAUUCAGCGUCGAGUCCCUGGACACCUUUGUGCGCGUCUACCUGGUGCCCGAUCAUCCCGGUGCCAUGCAAACCAAGGUGGUAAAUGCGGCGCUAACUCCCAGCUACAACGAGAGCUUCAACUUCUGGCUGCAGAGGCGACAGGCGCGCCAUUCGCUGUGGUUCCACCUGUACCACAACGGCCCCGCCCACACGCUCAUUGGGGAGGCGGAGAUGGAGAUCGGGGAGCUGCCACGCCCCAUCACCACGUGGAUCCCGCUCUCGGACUCGCGCAAGUGCAACGCCCGCUGGGGCGAACUGAUGUUCUCGCUGAGCUACCUGCCCACGGCGGAGCGCCUCACCAUCGUGGUGGUCAAGGCCCGGAAUCUCAAGCUGGACGCCGACCAGCCGGCGGAUCUGCCGGAGUCCAUGGACACGGUGCACAGCAUCUUCGUCAAGGUCUACCUGAUGGACAACGACCGCAAGGUGCUGAAGAAGCGCACCUCGCUGAAGCGCAAGGACCGCAGUCCGAUUUUCAACGAGUCGAUGAUCUUCAGUGUGCCGCCUCCCAGUCUGACCACCACCCAGCUGCGGGUGACCGUGUUCGGGGUGACGGCGGCGGGAGUGAUGGCCUUGGGGCACAUCGCCGCCGGGAGCUGCGCGGUGGGCAAGGGGCUGCGCCACUGGCACCAGAUGCUCUCCUCGCUGAGGAAGCCGGUGGCCAUGUGGCACGUCCUGCGGCGGGCGGUCAACCAGCCGAUUUUCACGGGCGGCGCCGAGGCGGUGGUGGCCGCCAUGCAAAACACCCUGCAACGGAGCACCGCCAAGCGGAACAGCAUCGUCUAGAGAUCACAGAUCACCGGCGGCACUCUCUCUCUCACGGAAAUUUUCCACUUCGCUGGCAAACCCAAAUUUACCGCCUUUUAGUUGGAAAAACCCCUUUCGAAAGGAGAUCAAACAAAAAAAAGAGAAAAGAAGGAGAGAACACAGAAAACCUUGUGGAAAAUUGCAUUUACCACACUCUAGCCAUGAGACUUUCUUACUUUUCUACUGCUUACCACAACCAGCCACAAGUAUUUACUCUAGAUGGCCAUGUAAUCUAAAAACCCGCACCAAAGGACAAACGAGCCUAUUAACUAGUUAUAUUCCCACAUUGUCGCGCACUAAUUGUUAUGUGAAGAUCUGUAUCGGAACGAUUGAUAUACUAUAUACUAUCUGGAUGUCUGGUAAAUACUUGUUGAAAUUUGUCGCAUACGACGAGCGAAAUAAUUGGGGAACUUGGAUGGACUGUUUGGGUUUUUCCCUAUAUUUAUUAUUUUAUUUUUAUUAAGGAUAAAAACUUGGAGUUUUGAAAUCGCCCAGAUGGAAAUAUUGAAAACAUCUCUAAGAACUUUAAAAAAUAAUCCCUUUUUGAAGAUUAUUAAUUUUGAAGGUUUUCAUAUUUAUAAAUAUCAGGCUAAAAAAUUAAAAAGUAAAAACCAGAUAGUCCUUAGUUACAUUUCAAUGACCAAAUUAUUUUCAUAUAUUUCAAGAUCAUCUGCCACUUGGGAUCUCAAGUUUCCCACUUUAAUGUAAUACUACUCCCUGAGUUAUUUUUCUUCUUUUUUUUUGUUGGGAAAACCCAAUGGAAAACGAAAGAUAUUGCAAUAUAAUCAAAUCAGAGAGAUACCAAGGUAAUACAAUUAUUUCGCGAGCUGUAUGAUGUAGUUUAGCGACCAGUGAGCCUGUUAUAUUAUAACUCUAUAGAUAGAUCAGAUUGUCGUUUGGCAAUCAAUCGUUGUUGAAUUUGAAAACCAAACGAAAUCGAAAUUGAGAAAAUCAAAAAUCAAAAAUCGAAUAUCGAAAAGCGGUGAGCCCUUUAAGCAUUGUGAUAUGAUAUAAUAGCAAACGAAGUGAAUUCAGAGUGCGUCUGUUGUGAGGAGCGGAGGAUCGUAUCGUAUCGAAGGAAAUCAAAGUAUUUACGAUAGUUACAUUCCAUAGUCGAGAUGUAUGUAUUAUUAUAUAUUAUAUAUUAUAUAACGUUUGUACUUUUGUGAUUUGCGUUCGUUCGAAUUUUUGUAGAGCCGCGUGUUUUAUAAUUAGAUUUAGUUGGUUCAAGGAUCAAACUUUUUAAGGGGAAAUGGAUAAUGGAUAAUAUAUACAUACAACAAUACGGACACACUUAGAUUUCCAUUUAGAGAGUGUUUUUUAAACAGUAAAGGACAAUAACUUUGCAAGCAUUUAUGAUUCAAUGUAAAUCAAGUAAUUAUAAUUAUCGAACAUUAAUCAGAGUUCGUUGUUGUCCCCGAUUUAACAGAUUAUUGUCCGCUGGAUUGUCCUUGUUGUAAUAUCCUAGAUUGUAAUAGAACGCACUCGAAUACAUACGUAUAAUCCUUGGCAGUCCUUUUCAAGUCGCACCUGUAUUUUGACCAAACCAAUGGAAAACCUGGCACACUUGUAGCUGAAGCUUUAAUCCACGUACUCCUCUAAUAGAACUCAGUCACCUUUUUGAAUCACACUUACUAAAUGGAUACAUAUAUACAGAGGGACAGUGCGUUUCACAAGUGAUGACAUCGUUUUUAUUCGGUGUGAGGACAAGACCUCCAAUUCAACACCUAUUAAUGGUGAGUUCGAUUACAUAUCUUAAUUUAAAACUCGCUGACAAUCUUCUGAAAUUCCAAGCCGAGCUGUCGCACACUUGUGAAACGCUCUGCACCAGAAAUAUAUUUGAAAUACAUAUAUAUCUACAUAUAUAGAGAAGGCAUUUAAAAGGCAUCAAAUGGAAAGUCCUGCCCCAAAACACUUACUAUAUAGUAUAUAAACCGCUAAGAAUUUUUUUUCUUUUUUUACAUACUGUUUCUUAGCUAAACUAAUGAAGCGAUAAAGUUAAACUCGUGUUGAAUUUGUAUUUAUACGGAAAUAUAUAUAUAUAUAAAUGUAUGUGCUAUAUAAGAUAAUGCUACAAAUUGUUAUACAAGUAAACCAAAAUUGAG